AGCAGCCGCACCAUCAUACCCAGCAACACCGUAGCCUCGAGCCGUGCUCCCCCCACAGCAGGCGGUAGCAUAAUUCCGACGACGCAGGGGCCGCUGCAAUCCAUGUACACGGACCCGACGGACAUCGCCUUCGCGAGCAAGCAGACCGUGUAUGCGAAGCUGGACGAGGAAGAGCGCAUCCUGCAGGACAACUGGGCGAAGGCCAAGGCGACGCAGCUUGCGCCCUGCCCGGCGGGAUUGCAGUGGGAGCGUCACCUGACGUGUCCUGGUUUCCGCUGUACGGGAGGUAUGCACUACAUGUCGGAUCUCAUCAUUGCUUCAGGCGUGCCGAGUAUGUAUACGCGCCGCUGUCCGCCGGAUAUGCAGAUGGGGUAUAUGCCUAAUUAUGCCGAGGGCAUUGUGCCGAAGGGGUACUUUGGCCCCGUGGCGCCGAUUGGGAUUGAUCCGCAUAAGAGGCAGCCGUGUUAUCCAUUUUGGACGUAGGGUGGUUCUCGGUGGUUCUCUGGGCGCUCCGUCGAUCUUGCUGCUUUUUGACAACGGAGAUGCCAGGUUUUGAAGCUGGCAAGUUGGAUAACAGCAGAAAGGAGGGGGAUGGGGGUGGCAUGGGCACCUCAUGCCUAGUUUCUUGCCAGCGUAUCUACUUCAUUUUCCCCAUGUGUCCCGAGAUCGUCGUGAUGAAUAUCAGAA